GCGGCGGCAGGUGAACGGGGAGGGACCUUAAAGCUGCGGGGCGGCCAGACUGGGACCGGCCGCUCCUCGGGCACCGCCGGACCCGGGAGCGGAGGAGCGCGGAGUAGCGCGUCCCGGGCGCCCUGCCGAGCCGUGCCAGGUAAAAGGCCACAGAAAAGAAGAUGGAUUGGGGAAGUCUGCAGGCCGUUUUAGGAGGCGUAAAUAAACACUCCACCAGUAUCGGGAAGAUAUGGCUUACGGUCCUGUUCAUCUUCCGUAUCAUGAUCCUGGUUGUGGCUGCGGAGAGAGUCUGGGGAGACGAACAACAAGAUUUUGUCUGCAACACACUUCAGCCUGGGUGCAGAAAUGUUUGCUAUGAUCACUUCUUCCCCAUCUCUCACAUCAGACUCUGGGCCCUGCAGCUGAUCUUUGUUUCCACACCUGCGCUGCUGGUGGCCAUGCACGUAGCUUACACCAGGCACGAGAAGAAAAGGCGGUUCAGAAAUGGUGAGAAAAUUGAUAUUGAGGAACUGAAAAAUGAAAAGAUUCACAUUCGGGGCCCCCUGUGGUGGACGUACACCAGCAGCAUCUUCUUCAGGAUCAUCUUUGAAGCAGUCUUCAUGUACGUGUUCUAUUACAUGUACGAUGGGUACCAGAUGCCUCGCCUGGUGAAGUGCGAUGCAUGGCCCUGCCCCAACACAGUGGACUGUUUUGUGUCUCGGCCCACUGAGAAAACCACAUUUACUAUUUUCAUGCUUGCUGUGUCUGGGAUCUGCAUGAUGUUGAAUCUGGCUGAGUUUUGUUACCUAGUGAUAAAAAUCUGCAUGAAAGAACCCAGGAAAACAACGGUUUUAAAAUAAUUCCCCAGUUUCAGGAUUUCCUAGCUCCCCAUUUCCCUCAAACUUUCUUAGGUGUCAGAAAACAAUCAUCAAUAUUUUCACACUCAAGGAAAAGGAUAAAAAUGAAAGUUCAUUCAUGUUUUAGAAAUUAUAGCCUCCCUGGGAAGCUGCCACUGGGGCAGGUUUUAAAGAUCAUGAGCAAAUUCAGUAUUUCUGCAUCCACAAAUAAAGAAAGCAGCCUUCUGGCAGCAGCUUUUCCAAAUAUGCCUAUAGCUGGGAUCCUGUUGUUGGGACAGAGUCACUUUUCAAAAAGUGGGAGUGGAAAGGCUCUAAUGCCCAAAGGAGAGCCAGGAAUCACAAAUGCACUGUGUCAUCUUCAGAGGCGAGACAAUAACUGAGGGUUUCAGUCACAGUGGGGUGAAGGGAUUUUGCGGGGAACUUACGGCUUGUGAAAGGGAAGAAGACAGGGAGGUGACUUGUGUUUGUCGCAGGUAUCCUGUUUUCUCUCAAGUAUUCUCAAGAACAAGGAAAGGGCCUAAGAACAGAGGCACUUUAUGGCAAUGCACGCUAUCAGCUCUGCUGGACACCAGCAAUGCUUUUUAUCUUUUUAUCUACUCAACUGCACUGGGGAGCAUCCCCUACAGGGUUGUGGGGGGGCAGUCUCAACUGCUGUGUAUGUCAUUGGGUCAGUGCUGCUUCCCUCCACUCACAGGGGCUGCAGCAGUGGGAGGAAUUAAGUUUGGUUUUGCAUCUUGGUUGGGUCAAACAAAGGAUUGACACUUUUGAGAAGGUGGGGGCAGUGCAACUGUCUUCCUCCGCCUCUUGUCCCCCAGUGCUUUGUGAAGAUUCUCAGUAUAGUAGAUUUUAUUCGAUGAAGAGACUUUUUACCACCUGACUGUGCCUCCUUCAGCUAUGUACCUUUAAAAGUGGGAUUUUUUUCAGUAAAAGCCAAGAAAAAUUGUCUCGUUUCAUUCUGUUUGUUAUCCAAAAGUACUUAAACACUUACAGCAUGAUAUGCAAUAGAUUGCACCUUCCAGUGCUCCUUCCAUCAGUCCCUUUUUGCUUUCUCACCUGCACAGCUUUUCUUCAUAAAAUCUUUUCCCUAUCUGAGGUACCUUUCAAGUGAGUCCAUCAAACCACUCCCAAUCUCUCUGACGUUCCACACUGUAAGACUGAAUCACCCUUCCUUUUCUUACAGUAGGUCUAGCAAGAAUUACAGACAGCCUGCAGAGCUAAAAUAGCAAAGGGACCCAAUCAGAAAUGAGGAGGAACUUGAUAUUUUUCUUAAGGCUUACGUUGCUGAGCUGUAAAUUGUAUAUUACUAACUUGAAGAACUAUGUGAGUCAGUCUGGUCUUGUCUCUCCAAAGUAGUCUCAGGCGUGUUUUAUGCCUGUUAUAGGUAGCUACACCAGCACAUACAGCAACAGUUUAUCUCCCAAGUGCCUGCCUAUUGACUCAGUUUCUAGAAAACCAGCUGUUUUUCCUCCUUAGCUUUAAUAUGUGGCUUUUCCCCAGAAUGAAUGAGCGCUACCUCAGCUUUUCUAUUUGCAUCCAUCUCUUACUGUACACUUAAGUUUAUCACUGUUGGAGUAAACAAAACUGCAUUAACUAAGACCCAUGAUCCCUCACUGUGCAUUGGAAGCAGAACAGAAGCAGGAUCCCAUUGCUUGUGAGCUACAUCCAGUGUUACAACUUGACUGCAGAUGGAAAUCUGUCAUCUAAGAGGGGAGCAGGAAAAAAUAAAAACACCAUCCUCAGAAGCAUGAAAAAAAAGAUAGAAAGUCAAUAAUAAUGAGCUGAACUGGAAACUUGGACUGUGAAAACAUCCUUAAUCCAACUGUAAAGAACAAAGCCUGGCACAUAUCAGGUUUGUGCUUGGUAAAGUUCCUGCAUUGUUCCGUGUACAAGUAUGAAGAGAACAAACUAUCUACACUCCCAGUGCUCUAGUAUUACAUGUCUUUUCUAACAACAGGACUUUUUUUUUUUCUGAAAUUAUAAUUAAAGCACUCUUGUGGUGUCUGUUUUCUGUAUUACUUGUAUGUCCUGUGUAUUACUUCAUGUGUCUAAUGAAAAUCUGUUUACCGUAAUGGAAAAUGUAUGCACCAAUACUACAUUUAAUAGCCAAGGGCUACUAUAAGGAUUUAAGUCUACUGCUGCAGGUUGGUUUUUCAAUUGGCUACAUUGCCUGUUAUCCUGAAGACUUCAUGAGCUGAUAGAGGAAGGUCACAUGUGACCCCUACUAGAAAGCAAAUGUGCUUUGUACUAGCAGAAUUGCAGCUGGAAAAGGCUGGUGAUAAAUAACUUAACAAGCUCCACAGGGGAGAGAGUUUGUUUUCCCAGUCUGCCUUUGAGUUUAACUGAAACUUGGAGCAAGACACACCAAAACUGGUAACAAUCAUACAAUGAGAUUUUCUUCAACUAGCUGUUUGGCAACUAGAUUCUCACACAGGGAAAAAAGACAGAAAUAGAGAAGGUGUUUGAAGUGGCCAAGAGAGGGCUUUGAUCCAGAAGUGCAGCAUCAGGUGACAAUAGCUCUACCAGGACAUAUUUACUGUCUGAGAUUUCCUUUCUGUGUAUAUUAGAUUUGACUAAAUAGCUGUUUUGUAGGGAAAAAAACAUUCAGAUCCUUCAUAGGAACAUAGGAAUGGCACCUAUUUCUACAUCUGCUACAUUGCAUGGUUGACCUCCUAUAAAUGGAUUUCA